CCGCGUGCGACGUCGGCGGCCGCGAGCGCGUCCCGGUAGUAGUACGUAAACUGCGUCGGGAAGGGAAGCACCAACCGUGCUUGCGGGGGCGUCAGUGAAUGGUUCGAACCAUUAUUCGUUGAUGAACUAAAGAAAACGAUAUGUGGUGAUUUUGUGGAAGUUUAUGCUCAUAAUAGUUGGAUCCAUCUAGUCUUCAUUAGUCAUACAGUCACUAAAUAUGUCACGAUCCACCAUGCCGACCACAUCGUCCGAACACUCGACCCCGACUUCAGCUAAGGUAAAGCGCAACCCUUCGAGCGUCAGCCGGAAGAGCAACGGCGACAGCUACAACCUCAGCAACGGCAAGACCUCUCCGUUGAAGCCCAAGUCGAAGCCAUGCUGUUCCCAGUACCACCUGAACAGCGUGUGGUCCAUCUGGUACUGCCUGGUGAGCCUCGGUUUUAUGGCCUACCUGGUGUACAACGGCGUAAAGAGGUUCCUGCUGUACGCGUCCUUGCCCUGGCCCCAAGACCCGCCCUUCGUCGAACUCAACGCCUACGUGGGACUCGUGGGCGCGUCUGUGGUGCUGCUGCCCUUCUUCCUCGUGACGUCACUGCUGAAGGUGGGCAACCUGGGCAACGACGGAUUCAAGCUAGGGGCAUCCCUCUCCACCUGCAGCAGGGAUCCUCCGCCGGUACUCGAGGCAGCUAAGGGAGUCGUCAGGAACUUGUGGUUACACGGAGUGCCGACAGCGCCUUUUCUUCACCUGGUGGCCGCCUUCUGCCUUCUCCUUCCCCGGACGCUGAUGGACGCUACUCUUAUCUCCGCCGGAUUCCUCCCCAAGGAGGAGAUCUGGCGCACGGAUCUGGACUUCCUGGUGCCGCACAACGACCGCCUGGCCGUGCUGGGCGCUAACGUGACGGUCAGCCCGCGCACGCCGCCGCCGCCCACGCCCGCCACGGAGUCCUCGCGCCCCAUCGUCACCGUCGAGGAGGCGCUGCCCAAGGCGCUCCCGGAGGAGGCCUUCGCCCGCCUGCCGGAGGACGGCGAGUGGGAGCCAGUCUCGCCCGAGCUGCUCAACUACGCCGUCGCGCUGCUGGUCUUCGCCAUCAGGUACCCGUCGGUGUUCUGGCACACUAACAAGGCUUUUGGCAUCCUGUUCUCCCUUCAGCUGGUGGUUAACGGCGUGCACACCAUUAUCACCCUUACGGCCUUCAACAUCCUAUACAAGCUCCACGUCUGCGGACCCGAGAAGGAGCUCCACGGCGCCGAGAGCUUCCUGCUCAACCUGCCUGCCACCGUCGGGCUCAUGCUGGUGGCCGUCAUGGUGGUCACGGUAUCCUCCUCCGCCAUCUACUUCUACGGCUACCAGAAGUUCAACAGCUUCUUGAUCAAGAGCAAGCAGCGAUUCCACAUCACGUACGACAACGAGCCUACGCAGAUCCGCCCGUACGCCCCACACUGCGCAGCCCUCGUGGUCCUGGUCGCCCUUGGUCUGUCCCACGGGCCUCUCCUGUGGGACCUCUCCCUCGUGUACAGGGGCUCCCUCGACGCCGUGGUCAUGGCUGCCGUCAUCGGGACCAUCGUGCAUCUGUUCCUGUGGAUCGUUCUGUGGCUGCUGCUCACUGUCAAGUCCAAAUGGGAGUUCAAGCUGCGCGUGACGGUCGCCCGCGCAUGCGUAGCCUCCGCUCGCUCCAUCAAGCUCGUGAACGACGUCGAGCUGAUCUCCAACGACCAACAGAGCCACGCCCACACGCCUCUCCUGGUCGUGGGCGCCGGGAAGGCCUAUGCCAUCACGGAUGCCACGCCCAAAAAGAGCAUCAUGAGUGUUGUUCAGAAGACUCAUCAGGACAAGCGGGCUCGAGGCCACCAGGAGGAGAUCUACUGGCUGAGGCCCACGCAGCCCGCGCGCUCCCCCGCCCCCGGCAAGAGCAUGUCGCCGCGGGCCAAGGUCACCUUCGACGAGGCUGGGAUCAUGACGUCACCAAGGAAAGCGCGGGCCAACAAGUCGCCAAAGCCACAGAAGUCUACGUACCGCCGCGCCUCCACGCUGUCGGAGUCGGAGGAUGAGGCAGGCGACUACGCACUGCUGAGGGAGGGGCCGGAGAACACGACUCAGCAGGCGGCCCAGGAGGAAGACCCGAGAUACGUGGACCGGCAACAGAUUUUAGCCUACCGCCGCGCCAUGGAGGAGCGCCUGUCCUCGCAGCCCCCCCACGUUUCCUCGGUGCCAGAUUAUGAGGACGCUGAUCACCUGCAGAUGCGCAGCCCACACGCCCUACAUCAGCUAGACACGCAGGGUCCCCUCACGCCACGCAGCACAAGGAGCAACGACUCAGGGAUGGUGCAGGAGGAACGGUCUCAGCGCAGCGACUCCGUCUCCACCUCCUCCUCCAACACUCCGCCGGAGAACUCAGAGGAGUCGGGAGUGCACUCCGGGGCCACUGACUUGAUGAGGAACAGGUCCAACAGCGUGGACGACUUAACGCAGCUCCCACCCGACCCCAACCAGGUGCUGACCCCACCGAAGGCCAUGUCCAUGCAGCGGCCGCCGCUUAGCUCCUCCCCGGGCAGUCCUUACGGAUACACAGCCGGUGGAGGACUGCUGUCCGCGGCCGGCACAGUGUCGCCCGUGCCGAGCUCUGUCUUGUACCCUGCUGCCGAGGCCACCGUUGUCAUCCGCCGGCAGAGGAACCUGACGCAAGAGAUCAAGCCCCCCGUCGACCCGAUCUAUGGAACCCGAUCUCUGACGUCGUUCACAGACCAACAGCAGGAGUCGAAGAAGAAGAACAACGAGGACUUGUUAGCGGAGGCUCAGAACAACUUCAACAGCAGCCAGUCGACGGGAUCCAGCGGUUACCAGAGCGGGAGUGCCAACGCCAGCAGCGCCAGCAACAGUUCCAGCAACUCGCCCAUCCCCGCCCACUCUGCCUCGGCCUUCUCCCCGGGACAGCCCAUCUACGGCCAGAGAACCCACAACGGUUACGCGCCCAACCCAGUCGUCCGCUCCAGCUCCCGAGUGAGCGCCCACAGCACCCAGGGCAUCUACGGGCGCACGACCCCUGGACCGCACUCGCCCCACAGACUGCCCCAGGCCCCCCAGAUCCCGCUGCCGCCCAUCCCCCAGGGCGCCAUGCCGGUAGGAGUUCCCCAGCAGAGCUCCAUGCAGGAUAUAUACGGUCGGACCAACAGCCAGAAGCUCUACGGCCACUUGGGGGAUUCUAACAGCAUCUACGGCCCCAACAUGAUGAGAAAUCCUGUCGGGCGGUCGGUGAGCCUCAGAGUCUCGUCAGGAGCCGCGCCCAGAUUUAGCUCAGGCAGCUUUCGGCACGUUCCUCGCGAGUCCGAGUACAAUACCAACGUGUAGGAAUCCCAUGUAAAGUUGUAUAGGACUUAAACCGUGUGAAAGUACAAGUAUGAAAAGUGGUGACACCAUUCUCGCAAUUAUCAUCUAAUCUCCAAGGAUAAUGACCAGAGCCGUCCAUAAAACCUGGUGAACUCUGACUCGAGACACGAAAAUCCAACACUUGGAAAGAGUGAAAGGAAAGUCAAGUUAUCGUCACUUUUUCAUCAGUUUGAUUGGGUUUAACAGGUGCUGAAGGAUGCUGUUACUCGCGCUGUCUUGUACUUUGUACAUAUAAUGUGUUGCACAUAUCAGAACCGACAACUUUGUAAAGUACUUGUUUGUGUAAGUAUGGGAACUGUGUCGUUCGAGUGUAUCACUGCCUUGUGUAUUAAACCCUUCGAAUAUUUCUCUAUAGUAGUGGGUGUAUAAUAACGUAAUAUUGGUGUUCAAGUUGCAUAGAAUUUAAAGAAAAGUCUAGGUGAUUAUUACUUGAAAACACCAAAACGAAGCUGCUCAAUAAUGUGUUCCUUUAAAAAAAAAAGUAUCCAACACAUUUUGUUUAUAUUCGUAACAGAUUAAAACUCAGAUGGUGAAUGAACAUUAGUGGAAUAUAUAAGAUGUAUCAUUCCUUGGUUAUUUAUGUACUUUACAUCUCAGUCUAGUUUAUUUUAGUUUCCAUAGAUGGCAAUAGGAGAGAAAAAAAUAUAUUGCUGUAUAAACAUUUCUUUUAAAGAAAUUAUCAUUCUUUUCAGUUACAUUUUUCAAACAACAUAUAUUAUAGGGAUGUUGGGAUCUGGUUAGCCUAUGGUUGUAUUUAUCCAUUAUAUUUUUUGUAGACCAAAGAAGGAAAUAAGUCGAUAGAUAAACCCUCUGUGUGCAAAUUGUAUUGCAGAUCGUGUAUAUAGGUAUAUUUGUAAAUAGGGAAUCCUUAGAGUGCCCAGAUGCCAACGUAAAAUGGUAUCAGGGAGCAAAUUAUUUCAUAGUUUAGGACUGAUCUGGGCAGUGACAGAUUCAGCACUUGCAUUUAUCCAAGAGGUUUUUUGGCCCUUGAUCAGAAGAUAAAUGAGCGGUAGAUGAUAAAUGAGCCAAAUAGGUGUCUGGUACGAUAAAAAUACUUAAAUAUUCGCUGCUAUUUCGAUUAGUCAUGCAAUAAAUUCUAGGCAAUGUCUUACAUUGAUCUCAAUUUUGCAAGUGUGCUAGUGUGCCAAAUUUGUUAUCGGAUAUAGGCCUGUGUGAAAAAACCAAAGGUACUGACUUAGAAUUAGGAUAGAAAAUCCUUUGCCUUUUUAAAAAAUGUGAAUCCAAAGUUGAUUCUGCUAUUGAUACUUACACGAAAUUUCAGAAUAUGUAAAAGUUCUGCUGUGGGCUUAUAUUACUGAUGGUGUUUUGGGGGAUAUGAGUCACAGUAUUAUGGAAUAUAUAAUAUGUAUAUAGAAUAUUUUACAUACAUGCACAUGUGCCAUUCAUUCACUCAUUUAUUUUUUUCAUCCACACACACACACACACACACACACACACACACACACACACACACACACACACACACACACACACACACACACACACACACACACACACACACACACACACACGCACACACACACACACACACACACACACACACACACACACACACAUACACACGCACAUAUUAUCUUUAUUAUCAGCAUUCUAUUGUUAUUGAUGAAGAUGUAAAUGCUCUUUACAAGCAAGCAUUUUGGAAGAUAUCAACAUCAUUCUCAGAACUUUCGAUCUAGUAUUGCCUUGAUAAUGUGUAUUAUUUCCAGAAGUCACCAUUUUUUAUAUAAGGCAGUCACUUAUAAAAUUUAGAUAGAAUUUCUACUUUUAAAUGUUUCCAUAUCAGCGCUUGUGGUCUUGAAUGAGCAUUACUUACAAGAUUCUUAAUCUUAAUCCUCGAUUAUCCCAUAAUUUCCGAAACUACGCUUUAGAAUUUUCUUGUGAAAAAUUAAUGUGUUCUGUGAUUUCGGAAGCAAAAUCCUUAAGAAAACUGGUCAUAUUCCUUUGUACAAAAAUGUAAUAAUUCCCUCUCUGUAUGUACAUGUUGUACUGUUCAUCGUACGGUAAUGCAUGCUUAGAAGACAGUGAACAAAGUCUUAUACUUCUUCAUGUUCACUUCUUAUAGGUUUAAAGACGAUCACAGUUUCUUGUGUUGAUUUCUUGUUGCAUAGUUACGGUGAGAGCCAAAAAGUUCCCUUGUGAGCUGGUAUGUACAUUUCCUUUCUAAUUCUUAAGUGAUGGAAUUGGACGAAGAAUUAUUUUUUUAUAAUUAUGUAUAAAAAAAGAAUUGGAAAAAAAGUCAAAUUUCCAAAAAAAUAUGUAUAUGUGCCUGUUUACCCGAGGCCACGGAAGUCACGUCUCGGUUAUCUUUGUUAUAAUUUUGCAUUGUUUUAUAUAAAAGAAUGUCUAUCGGUAAGUUGUUUUUCCAUUACUAAUGGCAUUGUACUUGUAUAUAAUAAAGAUGACUAUAGC